AUGGCGGACAGCAUUCUCUUCGAAGAUAUCUUCACGCUCACUGACAUGGACGUCGGCGGCAAGAAAUUCGACAAAGGUUCGUUCGUCCUCUCGCCGCUUUUGCUGCCGGUUACACGUGCCGCCACCUCGGAAGGCCGCGGGUUGCUCUGCCACCCGUGCGCAUCUUCCCAGCCUUCCAUGCCUGGCCGCGGCGAUCCGUGGCCUGCGGAUGGCGCACGAUUCGAGAUGAAAUUGACGAAGUUUGUGCGGGUGUCGCUUGGGUCGUCGCCGUGCUGCCACGCCUUGCUUCCGUUCUUCUCCUUUCCCUUAUCCCGUCCCCCACACCACAACCUUCCCUGCCCCACCCACGCUCCCCAUAAAUCACUUCUCUCCCUUUCUCCCUCCGUCCCCCACAUACCCCCCGUUCCCCCCGCUUUCCCCUUUUCCCCCCCUGCUCCCGUGACAGUUGUGCGCAUGGAGGCGCGAGCGAGGUUGUCGCGCGUGGAGGCGCGCAGCGAGCAGUUUGACAUGGCGCUGUCGCUGGACGUCAACACGGAGGUGUACCCGCUGGCCGCGGGCGACAAGUUCACCCUCGCGCUCUCGCCCACGCUCAGCCUCGAAGGCGUCUCCGACGAAGGCGUGUACGACCAGUCGGGGAGGCGGUCACUGAUGGACCGCUACGAGUAUGUGAUGUACGGCAAGCUCUACAAGUACAGGGGGGAGCAAGGCCGAGACGAGUGGGGAGAGGAGCAAGGUAGGGGUAGGAGAGACGGUAGACGCGUGGGAGGAGGAGAGGCGGCGGGCCGUGAGAUGGACGAGGUGGUGGCGAGAGGCGUCAAGCGCGCCCACUCCGACUCCCGCGACGCUCGCGGCGACCGGCAGCCUGGCGCGUGCGACACUGCGUCGCUCGCCACAGCUGCUGCGACGGGUAGCUACAUGCCGAAUGGCGACGUCGCUAGCGGUCUAACGAUUAUCUCUCCAAGCGAGCAAGCACGAGCACAGCCGAUAGCGUUUGGUUCGAUUGCAGGCAUGGCGGAGGGGUCAAGUUCGUCAGGGAGUGCACUGAGCGCGGGUCACGACGGCCGGAUGAAGCGACGCAGAGGCGCCUUCGAAACGCCUCUUGACGCCGCAGCAGUAGGCGCGUGCAGUGGGGUUCGGCAAGCGGGCCGCGCGGGUUCGAAUCUCGGCGUCAGCAGCGGCACUGGCGAAGGUUCGGCAGCAGCUGGUGCGGGCUGCGAGGAGCGCGCUCGACUGGCAGCGCAAGCAGGCGGCUCCGGUAGUCACGCGGCGGGCGCGGCGGCAGAGAUGGGUUCGGCCGGCACGUCCGCUGCUGGCGCGGGUGCGUCCCGCCGCCCUGGCAUCGCAGAGGACGCUGUUGCUGUUGCUGUUGCUGUUGCUGUUGCUGUUGCUGUUGCUGUUGCUGUUGCUGGUACACACGCGGCUGGGACGACGGAUGAGGCUGCGGGGGUUGCUGGUAGUGGCGCUCGUGCUGGCUCCGCUGGUGCUCCCCUCCCUGCUGCUGCUGCUGCUGCUGCUGCAGUGGGGCAGGGUGCAGCCUGCGCACAUGAAGGCGCUGCAGUCCCCUGUGCUGAAACGGCAGCACGCGCCAUCCCUAGCGCCCGCCACGCUGCCGAACCUCCUCUCCCUGCCGCACCCGCCGCCGCCGCUGCAGCAGCAGCAACAGAAGCGGCCGUGGCGGGCGCCGCAAGCAGGGCUGCGAGAGUGGAGAGCAGCAGUGGCGCGGAGCAAGCGGGUGCAGGAGGAGGCGCAGUGCAUGACCGUGCAAGGGGGGGCGAAAUGCAAGGGGGUGCCAGUGCAGGAGCGGAAGGAGCAGGGGGGAACGGAGGGGAGGGGGGUGGGGGAGCGGGUGGGGACGAGGAGGUGGCGCGGGCGGCACAGCUGGCGGAGGACGAGCGGAUGGCGAGGGAGCUGCAGCGCACGUUCGAGGAGGAGAGCAGCAUCCCGUUCGUGCGUGCGCUGCAUGCAUUGCAUGCCAUGCAAUUGCACCCCUGCCUGUUCCCCCCUUCCAAAGUGGCCAUUGCCAUUCCUACCCACCCUACUCCUCCUGCCGCACCACAAUCCACACCCCUGCCGCACUCUCGCUGCUCACCCCUGCCUCAAUUCGCGCUGCUCUCCUCUGCCCCCCACCCCCCGGUGUGUGCUGUGCUCUCCGCUCCACCGCUCCCCACCCCCCAGGGGCGGGGGCUGGCAACGGACUACCAGCUGGCGAUGCUGCUGCAGGCGGAGGAGACGCAGCACCUGCGCUCCCGCGUGCUCCGCUCCUCCCACGCCCCUCGUGGCCUCGCCCGGCCAGCAGCUCGCCAGCACACCCGCCCGGAUACACGGCAGGGCGUGGGGCAGGGCGAGGGGCAAGACGCGAGGCCGCAAGCAGGCGGGCACAGCGGACAGCACUCGGGCGAGCGCGCCUCCCUUGCGCCCUCUCGCCCCUCUGCUCCCUCUGCUCCCUCUGCUCCCUCUGCUCCGUGCAUGCUUGCUGGGCAGUCGGACGGGGCUGCUCGCGCUGCCAGUGCGUUGGCAGGGAGGGGCGGGGGAGGGGGCGAGGACGGUGACGUUGAGCAGAGGAGGGCAGAGCAGAGAGGGGUAGGGGAGGGGGAGAGGGAUAUGGCGGGGAGUGAGGAGGUGGGAACAGCAGGGGGUGAUUCUGCAUGGGCUGCUGGCGGUGGUGAUGCUGGUGUCAAUGGUGGCACUAGUGGCAGCACUGGUGGUGGCACUGGUGGUGGUAUUGCAGGAGCACGCAACCCCCCCGUGGCUGCUGUGCCACCUGCACCCGUGAGGCCACUGGAAGCUGCCCGUUUGGCUCGGCCCAGCAUGGCAGCACCUGCAGAACGUGCCACGUCAGCAUCAGCAGGCCGUGCCACGUCAGCACCGAGGAGCUACGGGCGGUGGUUGAGGAGAGAGGCGAUGGCAGAGACAGUGGCGGCAGUAGCAGCACUGCGCAGUCAGCAGCAGCGAGCAGGGGGGUUCGGGGCAGGUGGAGGUGGCAGGGGCAUGAGUGCGUGGGAGAUGCAGCAGGAGGUGCAGGAGGCGGCUGAGUUCAGAGCGCUGCUGCGUGUCGAUGGCGUCCUGCCCGUCCGUGCUCUGCCCUCCCUCCCUCCCUCCCUCCCUCCCUCCCUGCCUGCCUGCCUGCCUGCUGCACCCGUGCUCCCUCUCGCCCCUCAUGCCCGAUGCAAUAGACAAUCUGGUCGGCGCCUACAGCCUUUGAGGGCGCAGUCUGCUGCAGCUGCACGAGAAGCACCUGAACAACAAGAAGCACCUGAUCAAGCACCUGAACAGGCACCUGAUCAAGCACCUGAACAAAGACCAGGGCACGCACCUGAGCAACCGCCCGAUGAGGGGAGACGUGAAGGGCCAGUUGCGGAGGCAGCUGCAGCGACGACCGGAGCUGGGACAACAGACGGAGGCGAGGCACACUGGGUGGCGGAGGUGAGAGAGGAAGAGGAGGCGGAAGAGGAGGAGGAGGAGGAGGAGGAGGAGGAUGAGGAAGUGGAUGAAGAGAUUGAAAUGGUGGAGCUUGACGGCUCGAGGCUGGACCUGGGGCUGCUGGAAGGGGAUGCAGGCGAGGAAGCUUAUAUGGAGGAUGUGGAUGGGGGCCAUGAGGGCCAUGAGGUGGAUAGUGUGGGCGAGCACGAUGAGGACGCCUUGAACGAGGUGGACGAGGCGUUUGAGUUUGAUGUGGCCCUGGGGGGCGUUGCACCCCGCCUGGACGACAUGCCACCUCGUGUGGGCGUGCCUGGCGGCGAAGCCGCACUGCCCAUGGGGGAGCAUGGAGGGCAUGGGGGGCACGAGGGCGUGCAGCGUGGGGGUGGGGUGCCGUGGUUCCCUGGCAGGCUGGUGGAGGAGGCGGAGCAGUGGCAGGCGCGCGUGGCACGGCGCUGGGGGCAAGCAGGGGGCGCGGCUGGGGCUGACGAGCAGUCAAUGGGGGUUGGUGGUGAUAGAGGGGGAGGAGAGGGCGCUGGGGUGCUGGGGAUGGGGGCUGUGAGUCUGGGGGUGUGGCACGAGGCAGCAGAGGCGGCAGAGGCAGAGGGAGAGGCAGAGGCAGAGCAUGCUGCUGCCCCUGCCUCACCCUCCCUCCGCAAUAUCCCCUCCUCCCCGGCCUCGCCCUCCCUCCGCAACCUCCCGUCCUCGCCUGCCUCUCCCUCGUUCCGCAACUUCCCCUCCCCUCCGCACUCGCCCCCCACGCACGGCCCGCUGCAGCGUGGGAGGGCCGGGCUGCAUGCGGCGCCCCACGCUCAUGCCGUGGGCGCUGGCGGGCGCGAGAGGAGGCACGGCGAGGGGGGUGCCAUGGAUGCUGCUGCUGCUGCUGCUGCUGCUGCUGCUGCUGCUGGAGGGGGGGCCACAGGUGCCAGCAGUGCAUUCUCCUUCGGCACGCCUGCUGAGUCCACCGCCUCUGUGGGCAUGCGCAUGCGCCGGGGGGGGUUUGUACGCGCAUCUCAAAUGCACGCCACCCCGGCCCUCACCACACGCCCUUCCUCUCCACCUCCUCCCCCUGCUGCUCCUCCUGCUCCUCCCCCUGCUGACCCGCCUUCAACUGCUCGAGCUCAGCCUCACCCCACUGCCCGGCCUGCCACCACGGCCUCGCCCCACGCGGCGCUGCCACUGCCAGCAGACUCCCCCUGGGCGCUGGGCAUGCGCGCCCGCGUGGGUGAGGGUCGCCUGCCCGCCCGCACACGUGCCAGAGUGCCACCUUGCCCCUCAUCGCGCUCCGCUGCCAUGAGAGCGGGCGGCGAUUCGGGCGGCAACUCGGGCAGUGUGGGCAGCACCAGGCCUGCCGCCCUUGGCCCCCCCGCCAUCCUGCCUGCCUUCACACCCCAUGCUAUCUCACCGCAUACCAUCACACUGCCCGUGGGUGCUGGCGAGGCGGAAGCAGCAGGGGAGUUGGGCUGCGGGCAGCGGUGGGAGCAGGCAGCGCGUGUGGGCGCCCUCCACACGGCCGCGCUGCAGCAUGGUGCGGGGGGUGGAGCACCUUUAGCAGCAGCCGCAGCAGCAGCAGCCGCAGCAGCAGGCGAGCCGACAGUGUUGGAUGCAGUAGCAGUUACUGGCAGUGCGGUGCAAGGGGGGUUGAGAGGCGAAGGGGGAGUGGAGCAGGAUGUGUUUGGAGUGGAUGAGAGGACCACACACAGGAGGGAGGUUAGGGAGGGGAGGGUGGGGGGCGGGGCGGAGGAGAGGGGCAAUGGUACUGGUGAUGAGGCUGGGAGGGGUGAGGGCCAUGAGGAUGCGGAGGGCAGGGUGGGUGGCAGGGGGGAGGGCAACGGGGGGGGCAGUGCGGAGAUGGCUGAAUCAGACGGCAGCAGCGCUCCCCCGCGAGCACCCCAUGGCAGGUCCCGGCACGGGCGGCCGUGGCGGGGUGAGGCAAGGCAGUUGCGGGGCAGGGAGGAAGAUGCCCGUGACAGGGCUGCUGCACGCAUGCAGGCGCGGCUGGCGAGCAGGGCUGGACGGACGAGCAGGGGCAGGGGGAGUGGAGAGUGGGAGGCAGCGGUUGGCAGGAGUGAUGGGGUGAGGGGCGGCGGGCAUCUGGUGGGUGUGGGUGGUGGGGGCGAGCGUGGCAGGGGAGUGGAUGGGGAGGGCCGUGGGCAUGGCAUGGAUGAGCAGAGCAGGCUGGAGGCUGUGGGGAUGGGUGUAGGCAGGCAGGGGAGUGAGCGCACUGCUGCACUGCCUUCGCACCCUGCACCUCCUCUGCCGGCCCGCCCACUGCCGUCUGAUGCCCUGCCCCCCGUGGGUGCGCAGCCCUUGCUGCUGCCGUCCUUUGCCGCCCACCACACAGUGCCGCGUGCCUGGCGCCCUGCUGGCACUGGCAGGUAUGGUGGCACGGGCGCGGGCGGCGAGGGUGGCCGGGGGAAUGGCGAGGAGGGAGGGGAGAGCGGAGAGGGUGGAGAGACUGGGUUCUUGUUUCAAACGGGGCGUGGGUUUGAAAGGGGUGGUGCCGCACCAGAUGUGGCUGCUGGAGUUGCUGAUGGUGCUGAUGGUGCUGGGAUGAGUGGGGAGGCCGGUGAGGGAAUGAACAGAAGCGAGGGAAUGAGCAAUGCCAACGCUGUAGCCAAUGGUGCAGCCCAUGCUGUGAGUCGACCUCCUCACUAUGCUGUCACAGCCACCAUGGCCCAUGCCGCAGCCACAGACGCCCAUGCCAUGCCACCACAUGACGGCCUUGCCGCAGCACCACCCCAUGCCCCCCCUGCAGCAGCACCACAUGACCCCUCCCCCUCAGCCCCGCCUGCCACGGCCGACCUGCCUCUCGCCCCGCACUGGAGCCCCCUCCUCCUGCCCUCCGUGCUCUCCCCCCCCGCGCCUCCUCAGGCAGCCUGGCAGGUGCCGCGCAGCAGGGCGUUGGGGGGUAGACAGGGGGGGGAGUCAGGGGGGCUGGACGCGUGGAGGGAGCGGAGGAGGGGCACGGGCAUGGGCAUGGGCGCGGGGGAUGGGGGCGAGCGGAGGAGGUGGCGCGAGUGGGCGAGUGUGCGGGGGAUGGGUGGAGCAGGCUCGGCAGGGGCUGCAGACGAGUCCAGCGGGGAGGUGGCAAGAGGGGCGGAGGAGACAGGCGCUGCAUGGGUGGGGGUUGCGAGGCCAGUGGGAGGGCAGGGGGCAGUGGGAGGGGAGGGUGAGGGGAGACAAGGCGAGUCAGGUGAGCAAGCGGUUGAGUGGGAAGGGGUGCGACCUCUGGGUUCCUUGGAUGAGCCGAUGACAUCAGCAGCCGCAGCAGCAGCAGCAGUGGCAGCAGCAGCAGCAGCCACCGAUACAACAGUAGGUGUAGCCAUCACGGAAGGAGCAGCAGCAGCAGCAGGAGGCAACACAGCAGCAGCACGAGGAGCGGCACAGGGAGCGGCACAGGAGGAGGCGAGGGAGAGGCGGCGGCGGCUGCAGCGGCUGGUGGAGGAGCGCGUUCGGGUGGCCCGGCACGUUGUGGAGGCUCGGGCACACGCCGCCCAGCAGCUCGUGGAGGCUCGGGCGCAGCAGGAACGGGAAGCGGUGGAUCGGCGGGCACGGGAGGCUCGGGAAGCUCUGGAGCGGCGGCUGAGGGAGGCUCGGGAGGCUGUGGAGCGGCGAGCGAGGCAGGCGGUGGAGAGGGUGGUUGGGGAGACGGGGCUGGAGCCCGGGGCAUCUGAAGGCGGUCGUGGGGCUGCUAAUAACGAGGACAGGGACGAGGACGGUGGCUCUGCGCUGGCGAGUGUUGUGGCGGCUGUGGGGGACGCUGUGAGGGAGGCGGCGGCUGCUGAAGGUGCGGGUGGGGCGCGGAGAGGGGCGUGGGUGGAGGCGGGGAGAGGGGAGACGGUGGAGGAGAGGCGGGCGCGGCUGCAGCAGCGGUUCUCAGCGCUCACCCGCCUCAUGCUGCGCGACCACGCUGCCACCCGCCACGUGCUCCGUGCCCCUGCUGGGGGGGACGCUCCUGCUGCUGCGCAUGAUGCCGGGGAUGAUGUGCGAGCAGCGGGGUCAGCUGCUGCUGCUGAUGGCCAUGGCGAUGCCGCUGCUGCUGCUGCUCGUGCGGAGACCCCUCUCCCCCCUCACGCACAUGCACGUGGUGUGAGAGGCCCUUCUCCGUGCAUCGCGUAUCAUGCUGCUGCGCUGUUCAUUACCCCACAGCCUUCCUUCUUCUCCGAACGACAUGCUUCGUUGCUUCAAAUGUUCCCUUGUCCCCUCACUUCCCUGGCCUUUUCUCUUCUGCCCGCCCCUCACUCGUCUGUCCGCCCUUCUCUGUGCACACAUCCCUCCCCCUCCGCCCAUCAGCGCCUGGCGGUGUGGCAGGCGUUGGAGGCGGGCAUGGGGGGGGUGGACGCCGCCUUCCACCGCAUCGCCCCCUUCCCCCGCCCCCCCCUCGCGCGCAACUUCCCCCUCGCCUUCCGCCUCGCCGCCAUCGACCGCGACUUCAAUGAGUGUGUCCCCGCCCCGCCCCCCCUCCCCUUCAAUGAGUGUGUCCCCGCCCCGCCCCCCCUCCCCUUCAAUGAGUGUGUCCCCGCCCCGCCCCCCCUCCCCUUCAAUGAUGUGUCCCCGCCCCGCCCCCCCUCCCCUUCAAUGAGUGUGUCCCCGCCCCGCCCCCCCUCCCCUUCAAUGAGUGUGUCCCCGCCCCGCCCCCCCCUCCCCUUCAAUGAGUGUGUCCCCGCCCCGCCCCCCCUCCCCUUCAAUGAGUGUGUCCCCGCCCCGCCCCCCCUCCCUUCACCCUGCGCUGCUCUGAUGUGCUUUUCUCUGGCUGAGCGCCUAGUUUUUCAGUCGGACUACGAGAUGCUGCUGGCGCUGGACGACAUCUCUGCGCCCGUCGUGCGACCCGGCGCCACCCCCCACGAGAUCAGCCGCCUGCCCACUGCCAUCGUCACGGCACAGGACAGCGAUCUGGACCCGUGUGCCAUCUGCAUUGAGGUGCCCUCACCACCUGAAGUCAUCCGCCGCCUGCCCUGCGCCCACACCUUCCACCGCGAUCCGCUGCCCCUCCCUGCUCCCGGCAGUGCAUCGACGAGUGGUUGA